CUAAAGGAUCCAACAUGCCAACUAAGAAGGUCAUACCAAAUUUUCGCACACCUGGCCCUGCAGAGGUGACUCAUAUGUUGGAUGGAGGGUAUGCGUUCUAUCAUUGCUCGGGAGGGUAUUCUAGAUACCUUUCCAUACCCAUUGGUUGAAAGCUCCAUGAACGUCAGGCCGAGGACGUUAAACAAGCACUUUUUGGGAGGCAACCCAAGUGCCAUGAGUUUGAUGUAUUACAGGUGAAGAAAGCACGAAAAAAGAAGCGGAUGCACAAGUAAUUAAUCGGG